GAGUGGAUCCCGAGGGUGGAGGGUUUCCGCGCCCAGCCCACGACUGAGACCGAGGUCGCGUCCUCGCUGAGUUUCGCCCCGUCAUCAUUCUAUAGUUAUCCCUAACCAGUGACUUGAGAACGUGUCGUGCAUUCAUGAUGCCGGCCGAGAAUGUCAUCCGGAAGGUGGAGAAUCGAAGGAGCAACAAGCCUUUGAUGGAGAAACGAAGGCGGGCGAGGAUAAACAAUUGCCUGAACGAGCUGAAAGCCCUCAUCCUGGACUCGAUGAAGAAAGACGUGAGUUUCGCAUCCUCUCCCUUCCCUGCCAGGCAUUCGAAACUGGAAAAGGCAGACAUCCUGGAGCUGACAGUGAGACACGUGGCAGCCCUACAGCAGCAGCGGGCGUCGUUGGAGGACGGCUCGGCGCUGGCUGCCAAGUUCCGGGCGGGCUACGCCCAGUGCGUGGCGGAGGUGGAGAACUUCCUCGAACGCCUCGACGUCCAUGCCGUGUCCCCGGGCGUGGAGCCCGACGUGAAGCACAAGGUGCUGAAUCACCUCCGUCUCUGCCUGGCAUCCGUCAACCAAUGCCCGGACGAUCCCCAGGCGCCUGCCGCCACUGUGUUAGUCCCCGCCCGCCUGCCUUCCGGAGAACUGGCCUUCGUCGUCCCCGCUGUGUACGGUCGCAACCACCACGACGGCGAGUUCCAAGAGGAAGAAGAGGAGAUGCAGCACGCGCCGCUGAACCUGUCCAAAGUGCCCGGGGAGGAACCCUUGGCCCUCACCGUGCAUCAUCAUCACGAUGGGCGUCAUCCGUCGUCUCGGAGCCCCAGCCCCGUCUCGUAUCUCAGCAGCCCGACCAGUGAACGAACUACUUCCCCCGCCUCCGUUCAUUCCGAUUCCACUCACAAUGGGCGCAGUUCCCCUUGGAGACCUUGGUGAAUCCCAGACAAAGAGAGACCUCUAUCUUCAUGCUGUGAUACCUUUUUAAUUUUUCCCGAAUGCGUAUGCUCCGGCGGGCCUUUCGUUUCGUCGGUUUUUUUUUCCAUCAUUCUUCAAUCGAAUGAUUAUUUUUCGAUUAUUCACGCUCGUCACUCUGUUUUGUUCUUAUUUCCUUGUACUUCCUUCUGUCUUUUCUUUUUUCGUUUCAUUUCGACGCGCAAGGUCGAAUGAGAAAAUCCACGUCUUCCAUGUGUAACAUAGUGCCUUACAACCUAGAGGGUAGAGUUAUGCUAUCCCUUAUUUUUUGGUGCUAUUUUUGUUUUGUAUCAUGCUAUUUUUUUUGUCCUCCCACCCGGCUGCAAGAAGUAAUAAAAGGGAAAGAGACCAUUUUGA